AUGGGAUCAAAGAUUGCUAUCGAAAUGCCUAGUCGCACCCCAUCUAUCCCUUUAUACCCGUUUACAUCGGAAACCAGGUCCACCCGCCCAGGUACCAGUAGGACGGCUGCUGGAGGACAUCGAGCAACUCGACCCACAACAGCAGCAACUACUGCAGCAUCCCAGGAGAUAAUAUGUGCUAUAAGUGAAUCCAGGGGUAUCUCUCCAGCCGUUGGAUUGGCUUUUGUCAACUUGUCUACAUCAGAAGCUGUUCUUUCACAGAUUUGUGAUAGCCAGACCUAUGCCAGAACAGUCCACAAGCUUGCCGUAUUUGAACCUUCCGAGGUGCUCUUUAUGAACACUUCCAAAGAACCUCUUUCAAAAUUAUAUGCUAUUGUUGAAGAGAACCUCCCCCAUAUCCGGAUCAUUACAUUUGAUAGGAAACACUGGUCUGAGCAGAACUGUCAUGACUAUGUUGAGCGAUUGGCCUUCAAAGAAGACAUCGAAACCAUAAAAAUGGCUUUAGAGGGCAGUUAUUUCUCUGCCUGCUGUUUCGCAGCUGUCUUAUCAUAUAUCGAGCUAGAACUUUCAGCGACUUUUGCACCUCACUCUCUCAGACUAAGAUACGAACCAUCUGAAGGGUCUAUGAUGAUAGAUUUAUCUACUAUUGUCUCGUUAGAACUUAUUCAAAACUUGCAAAAUGCAAAGUCAAAGGACUGUCUUUUCGGCAUACUAAAUGAAACCCUCACACCCAUGGGUGCCAGGUUACUGAGAAGCAACAUUCUACAGCCUUCUACGGAAAUUGCUAAACUAAACACCAGAUAUGAUGCUGUCGAAGAGUUGUCAUCAAAUGAGGGAAUGUUUUUUGCUGUUAGACAAGCUCUUAAGUCAUUUGUUGAUUCCGACCGAGUACUCACGGCUUUGACGGUUAUUCCAACGAAGCCAAGCUUUUUAUUUGCUGAACAGUCUAUUAACAACGUCAUCAUGCUGAAAACAUUUGUAUCUUGUAUACGGCCCAUCCAUGAAGCGUUAGCUGGGGCAAAAUCUAGCCUCUUAGAGACAAUACGUGAUGCAAGCUCCCCCAGGAAUUAUGAGCCAGUUCAAACUAUUCUUAAGGAAACGCUAAACGACGACAUUAGAUACCAAACCAGUGCUCUUGAUUUACGCAAUCACAGAACUUACGCCGUCAAAGCUGGAGUUAACAAUCUUCUCGACGUUGCGAGACAAACCUACAAGGAGGCCAAUGACGAUGUUUCGGAGCUAUGUGCUCGUCUUACUGAGGAGUACGAUAUUCCAUUGGACUUGAGGUUUGAAACUGGCCGUCACUAUUAUUUCCGUGUAAAAUCCACCGAUCUCCAAGGUGUGGUACUGCCAAAUAUUUUUAUCAACGUUUAUCGGAAAAAAGCAUAUGUGGAAUUCCAAACCCUGGACCUUGUCAAGAUGAAUCAAAAAAUAACAGACUCUCAUAACGAGGUGGUUAGCAUGAGUGAUCGGAGCAUUCAAGAGCUUAUAGAUGACGCUAGGUCUCAAAUAUCGAGCUUGUUUCGUAUCAGCGAGGCAGUUGCUCUACUAGAUAUGAUCGCUGCCUUUGCUUACCUACAUACAUUACAGGAUUAUGUGCGCCCCGAAAUAACAGACACUCUCGCCAUCAAGGCCGGAAGGCAUCCGAUUCGAGAGAAAAUACACUCAACAAAAUAUAUACCCAAUGAUGUUUACGCCUCUUCACAGUCCCGAUUUCAGAUAAUAACCGGCUGCAAUAUGAGUGGAAAGAGUACAUAUAUUCGGUCGCUUGCCCUGAUGGCAGUAAUGGCACAAAUUGGAAGCUCUGUUCCCGCGCAGUAUGCCUCAUUCCCGAUUGUGCAUCAACUUUUUGCUCGCGUAUCAACAGAUGAUAACCAGGCUACCAACGUGUCGACCUUUUCCACUGAGAUGAGAGAAAUGGCAUUUAUUCUACGGAACGUUGACUCAAAGAGUAUGGUUAUAAUAGACGAACUAGGUCGUGGAACCGCUUCAACUGAUGGGCUUGCCAUCUCAAUUGCUAUUGCAGAAGCUCUAGUGGAAACUCAUGCCUUAGUUUGGUUCACUACCCAUUUCCAUGAUUUACCAAGGAUUAUGGAGCAUCGCAGUGGAGUUAUAAAUUUGCAUCUUGCUGUUGAUAUGUCCGACCCGAGGUCCAAAAUCACUAUGCUAUAUAAAAUAGUUGAUGGAUAUGUACAGGAACAGCAUUAUGGCCUCGCACUCGCCAGAAUAUUCUCUUUACCUCCAUACCUUAUAGAGGUAGCUGAAGAAGUGUCAAAUCAUCUUGCUCUGGCGGCACAAGAUAGAGCUAAGUCGCCUGCAAUCAUUUCUCUAGCCAAACGGCGCAGACUCCUCUUGACAUUAGGAGAACAGCUGAUGCAUGCUCACGAAGGGACCAUGGAAGAUGAUGCACUUAGAGAAUGGCUUCUCAGGCUUCAAAGGGAGUUCACUUUACGGAUGACGGAUAUCGAAGCCGAAGCAGAAUCUAACAUGGGCGACGGAGAAACUUCACCGGAACCCAGAGAAACUGAAGGAUCCCAAGAAGACCGCGAGCAUAUGGAAGCCGUAUCUCAGAUUUCUAGCCAAUCCUUUCCCAUCAUACCCGUAGAUUCUACUCCAAACCUCAAACGCCCUAGGGGUCUUGCCAGCCAUUCUUUUGAAGACAAUGAGCUGCUCCUAAAUAGUGACAGCGGGGAGUUAGACACUACUCAUUCUUGUACCUCAAACGAGUAA